UUCUAACCCUUCUCCCCCUCAUUCCCCCCAUUCUUCCCCUCAUUUCCCAGCCUUCUCCUCCUCAUUCCCCCCAUUCUUCCCCCUCAUUCCCCCCCUUUUCUCCCUCAACCCCCCCCCCCUUCUCGCCCUCAUUUCCCCCCCUUCUCCCUCUCACUUCCCCCACUGCUCCCCCUCAUUUCCCCUCCUGCUCCUUCUCACUUCCCCCACUGCUCCCCCUCAUUUCCCCUCCUGCUCCUUCUCACUUCCCCCACUGCUCCCCUUCAUUUCCCCCCCUUCUCCCUCUCACUUCCCCCACUGCUCCCCCUCAUUUCCCCUCCUGCUCCUUCUCACUUCCCCCACUGCUCCCCCUCAUUUCCCCUCCUGCUCCUUCUCACUUCCCCCACUGCUCCCCUUCAUUUCCCCUCCUUCUCCUUCUCACUUCCCCCACUGCUCCCCCUCAUUUCCCCUCCUGCUCCUCUCAUCUCUCCCCCUCCUCCCUCUCAUUUCCCCCCUUGCUCCUCUCAUCUCUCCCCCUCCUCCCUCUCAUUUCCCCCCUUGCUCCUCUCAUCUCUCCCCCUCUCCCUCUCAUUUCCCCCCUUGCUCCUCUCAUCUCUCCCCCUCCUCCCUCUCAUUUCCCCCCUUGCCGCCUCUCAUCUCUCCCCCUCCUCCCUCUCAUUUCCCCCCUUGCUCCUCUCAUCUCUCCCCCUCCUCCCUCUCAUUUCCCCCCUUGCUCCUCUCAUCUCUCCCCCUCCUCCCUCUCAUUUCCCCCCUUGCUCCUCUCAUCUCUCCCCCUCCUCCCUCUCAUUUCCCCCCUUGCUCCUCUCAUCUCUCCCCCUCCUCCCUCUCAUUUCCCCUCCUUUGCCGCCUCUCAUCUCUCCCCCUCCUCCCUCUCAUUUCCCCCCUUGCCGCCUCUCAUCUCUCCCCCUCCUCCCUCUCAUUUCCCCCCUUGCCGCCUCUCACUUCCACCCUUGCUCACUCUCGCUUCCCCGCUUCCCUCUCAUUUCCCUCCUUCACCCCUUCAUUUCCCAACCUAAACCCUUAUUUUCCCCACCUUGCUCCCCGUCAUUUCCCCCCCUUCUCCCCUUAUUUUUCCCACCUUGCUCCCCUUCAUUUCCCUCCCAGCUCUGACAUAGCCCCACUGCCCUCCCGUCCUUUUCAUCUUCCCUCCCUUACAGGGUGGAUCCCUUGCAAAAUACUGCCCCCCACUCGCUCCCUUCCAUUCUCCCUUCCACGCUCUCCCAUCGCCAUGCCUUAA